AUGUUGGUAUCCCUGAACAUCUUGUCCUGUCUAAGUGCGAUUCUGGCGGGGCUGGCGUCCGCCUCCAGAUGCUCGCCCGCCUUUAUCGACAAGCCGGACUUACUCGGGGCUUCAAUUAUCAAUAUCGAAGCAGAAGAAGCCCAUAACUAUUCUGCUGUCAGUAUUGCCCCGGGAAGCAACGAAGGCGGCCGAUAUACCAUCAGUUUUUGCAACGUCACAGUUACCCACACUCAUUCUGGUUGGAACGACACAAUCCACACUCAAGUUUGGCUCCCACUCGAGGGUUGGAAUGGUAGAUUCCAGGCGUUAGGUGGUGGAGGUUACAGCGUCGGGUUUGGUUCCACAUACCUCACAUAUUCAGUCGCAACUGGAUUCGCAUCUGCCUCUAGUGAUGGAGGUCUUCCUGGUGGAAGUGGAACAGACGCUAUUCCUACGGACCUAUCCUGGGCUCUUAGCAGCAAGAACAACGUUGACUGGCUUCACCUGGAAGAUUAUGCUGCAACGGCGACAAACGAUAUGGCUGUGAUAGGACAGCAGAUCACCAAAUCUUACUACCAAAAGCCAGCAAGUUUCUCCUAUUUUGCUGGAUGCUCUGGUGGCGGUCGACAAGGGCUUCUGAUGGCGCAAAGGUACCCGAACGUUUUUGAUGGAAUUUUAGCGAUCGCUCCAGCUGUCAAUAUACAAAACUUCAUUCCUGCUGGUAUGUGGGCCUCACAAGUCAUGAAUGAGCUUGGCCACUAUCCGUCGCCAUGUGAGAUUGAGGCGUUCACAAAGGCAGCAGUUAUGGCCUGUGAUCGUCUAGACGGAGUUGAAGAUGGCAUCAUCAGCGAUCCAGAUCGCUGUCAUGUUACUGCUUAUGACUUGGUUGGAAAAAAAUACACCUGCAACGGGGUCCAAAGAGCAUUCACUCGCUCCAGUGCAAAGGUAAUCCAAGCUGCGUGGUCCGGUUCGCUUUCGGUCUCCAAGAAAUAUGGCUGGCCUGGGGUUAACCACGACGCCACCCUUGGCAGCCACUAUCUUCCCACCGAAUGUUCUACAAACAACACAUGCCACCUUAGCCAAAGUGCAUUAUUUGGCAGCUGGAUCAAAUAUCUUGUCGCCAAGGACCCGGAAUUCGAAAUUAACAAUAUGACUCGAAAUGAGUUCUUGGAAGCCUUACACUAUUCGGCAGUUUACUACACAUCUAUGCUCGGAACGAAUGACCCUGAUCUCUCCAAGUUCAAGGCCAACGGCGGAAAAAUGAUCACCUGGCAAGGACUGGCGGACGAGGCUAUCCCGCCGAAUGGACCAAUCGCAUACUACAAGGAGGUCCUCAAGAACGACCCCAAAGCUCAAGACUUCUAUCGAUUCUUCGAAGCGCCUGGUGUUGGCCAUUGUUAUGGUGGACUCGGACCUAUCCCGAACGGGGCGAUGUCUCAACUCAUGGAAUGGGUCGAAAAAGAUCACCCUCCUGCUACUCUGCAUGCCACCAAAGGCAGCAACAACACAGCUAGAGACCUUUGCCCAUAUCCCCUUCGACAAAAGUUCAUUGGAGGAGAUCCCCGAAACGCAACCUCCUUCACCUGCACUGACGAAUAUUCGACCAGGACUUGAAUGGGUAUUUCCAGAGAAUCCAUGAUUGGUAGCAUGGACAGCACUUUGAAAUCAUGCCGUAUAAUCUGUUGUCCUACCUUGUCCUUUGUGUGUAUCACACUUUACUUUCUUUUAUUUUCGUGCUUUUUGGCUUCUCGGUUUGCAUAUGUGCGUUCUAAU